AUGGUUCUGGGAAAUAUUAUAUCAGGAUUUAGGGAAUUAAAGCAAAAGUCAUUAGAUAAGUUUGCAAACAUUUUGUAUAAUUAUGCAGGGUUUGUAUAUGAUCGACCUUGUACAGUUAUCCUUAUUAGUUUGCUAUGUUGUCUAUCACUAAGUAUGGGCAUAUAUUAUAGAGAACAUGAAAAAGAUAUAUAUAAAUUAUAUUCCAUUUCGAAUUCAUACGCAUAUGAAGCAAAUGAAAUGAUUAAAGAUUUUUUUUAUAAAAGUAGAAAAGCAUUUAUUUUAGUAGAAUCAAAUUGUAAUUUACUACAACCACAUAUUUUAACAGAAUUAAAAAAAUUUGAAGAUGGAACAAAAGAAAUUAAAGUUGAUCUAACAGAAGUUGUUGAGUGUAAGAAGGAUUUAUAUAAUACACCAAAGGAACAAACGGAUGUUGCUAAGGAAGUGCACGACAUGUUAUCAAAAAGAAUAGACCCGAAUACAAGUUUUGAUUGGAAGCCAAAUUUUAAAAAAUUCAAUUUUAGUUUCGCUUUGAACAAAUUAAUGGGUUUGAAUAAUAAAAAUGCAAGUACAUCUAAGGAUGGCUUAUCGAGAGGAAAAAAGGAAGGAAACGAUAACGAUGAGGAUGAUAGUAAUGAUAAUGACAAUGAUGAUGAUAGUGAGGAUGAUGACAAUGACGAUGAUGAUAGUGACGAUGAUGGCAAAAACGAUGUUGGCAAAAACGAUGAUGGAAAAAACGAUGAUGGAAAAAACGAUAUCACAAAUGGUAAUGAGCAUGGUAGCAUAAAUUCAUCCAUGUUAAAGGGAAAGAAAAAAAAAAAAAGCGGAUUAUCAGAGAAAAUAAUAAAGCCCAGGGCAAAAUUUUCGGAUUAUAAGGAUGAUACAUUUUUUCCUCCAUAUUACAUUCCUCCUAUGCUUGUCAAAAGUGAUCGAUGUAAAUUACAAAAUGUAUUUAGAGAUAAAAACAUUAACAUAGAUCUUCGAGAUGCAAGUGAUGCAUUAAAAAAGCAAAUAACAUUUAGUUUAGAAGAUAUAUGUGAGCAGAAAUAUAAUGAAUGUAAUUUUAGCUCCCUUUUUUUAUAUUAUGAAAAUGGUAAUGCAAAAUUAGAUAGCCCUAUAAAGGUUGAUAACCUGGACUUUUAUGUGAAUAGAAAAACAUUUAAGGAGAUGAUGUUUAGAGGUAUACUAGGUAACAUGGAAUAUACAGAAACCCCAUUUAGUUAUACUAUUACAUCUGCUAAUGCAAUAUUAACAGUUAUUCCUUUGAUUAAUUCAUAUAUAUAUGAACCAUAUGUACUGGCUUAUGAAAAGAAACUAAUUGAUUAUGUUAGGUUUUAUAAUAUAGAUCAUGUAAUUAAAGACGAUGUGACAAAUGAUGGUAAUGAACCGUAUGUUCGUUUUCAUGUUUUAACAGAAAGAAGUUUAGAGGAUGAAGUGGAUAGGAUAUCAAAAAUUGAUAAUUUAACUAGACUAUUAUUUUUAAUUGGUGUUUUAUUAAUUUUUAUGUAUGCAUUGUUUAAUAAUGUAACAUCUGUUUUGUAUAGAAGUAAACCGCUCUGUGCUGUUAUGGGAAUUUUUUGUGGUUUUUUAGGUUACCUUGCCGGUUCAGGUUUUUUAUUUUUUUUAGGUGUUAAAUCAGUUCCUCCAGCAGAAACGGUGCCAUUUUUAGUAAUAGGUGUAGGAGUUGAUGAUGUUUUUGUCAUUUUGAAUUCGUAUUCCUUACUAUUUAUGAUAAAUGAUGAUAAGAAAAGAAUUCAGAUGUGUUUAAAAGAUAGUGCACUUGCCAUAACAGUUACUACAUUAACAAAUAUUAUUGCUUUUUUAAUUAGUGCUGCUUCUCCUUUUUAUUCAAUAUGUAGUUUUUCAUUAUUUACGGCUAGUUCUUUAUUUUUUGGUUAUCUCAUGGUAAUAACUCUACUACUUAGUAUUUUAUGUAUUGAAGCUAAAUUGGAAAAAAAAAAAAAGAAUAUAUUUUCAGGUACCUUCGAUCUUUUGUGUUCAUGUUUUAGAAAAAAAAAAAAAAUUAAUGAUAGGGAAAAAAAUUGUCUAGUUUUAGAAGUGCAAAAUGAUGAAGAUUAUACAAAAACGCCAGUAGAAUAUGAAAAUAUUUCUAUUUAUGAAUGGAUUCAUAAUUUAUAUUUGUUUGAAGAAUCAAUUAAUAAAAAGAAGAAGAGCACAUCUGUCUAUAUGUCCAAUGAUAAAAGCAGCAAGGGAUAUAUGAACGAUUGUGAUACUCCGCGGGAUGAUAGACUUCAGUUGGAGCAUAUCUACAGAAAUAACAGCCAUGCCAAAAAUGGAGCGGAAAAGAAAGUAGCUGGUAGCAGCGUGCCCCCCAGGGGUGUGGUUCCCGAUCUGAAUAAUAACGAUGAUAAAAAUGAUAACGGUACUAUUGAUUAUGCUACCAAACUUGAAGAAAACGAAAAAAGGCGAAAAAAGGGCAAAGACGUGAUACAGCAGCAACAUCAACGAGUUGAUGUUAUCCAGGAGAAAAACAAAAUUGCCAUAAUUAAUGAUAUUUUUAAAGAUAAACAAAUAGAAGCUAGUUCGAAAGCGGUACAGAAGGAAGGAGCAGGUAUGCAAGAAACCCCGAAACAAGCAAGCACAAAACAAGCAAGCGCAAAACAAGCUGCUGAGAAGGGCCUAGGAAAUGAUGACUACUUGUCAGUUAGCGAAUCGCAGGGUAUGUCUAAUGAAAGCCCGACGCCCGUUCAGGGAAAUAGUGCAGAUAGUGAAAACAGAGUGGAAAAGAAAAAGGAGGAUGGAAAUAGCGGCAGUGGUAGUAGGGAUAACAACUACGGAAGCAAUAACAUGCUGCUUCUGAAGCACUACAACAACUCCACUGAGCUGGCAACGAAGGAUACACUGCUUAAUAAUAUGAACGAGACGGACAAGAAAAAAAUUUAUUUGUUAAGCUCACACGAUAAUGUGCUAUUUUAUAAAUAUAUAUAUGAAGAGCCAAAGGGGAAUAUAGGAAAGUAUUUCAGAUCAGUAAUUAAGAAUUAUUAUGUUCCAUUUUUAUCAUCACGAUUAGGUAAAACUAUAGUAUACCUUUUAUUUACUUGUAUCUUGUUAUUAUCAUUAUAUGGAUGUACAUUAAUGAAAAAAGGAAUUAAGUAUGAUAAAGCUUUUCCAAUUGAUUCAUAUGUACGUUUUUUUACGGCGGCAAAAAUGAAAUACUUUCCAAAUUAUGGUGAUCUGAUAGAAGUAUAUUAUUUUGAUAAAGAUUUUAUAAAUAAAUAUAGAAAUUUAAAUAAUCCAACGGAAGCUAUUUCAUCAUCUAUUUUAUAUACUGACAAAACAGAUCGAGAAAUGAUGAACAGUCCAAAUUUAAAUAAAAACAUUAAUUGGGAGUUAAAAGAAAUUCAAGAUGAUUUACAAGAUAUGCAUGAACAGUUAGAAUCACAAGAAUUUGUUUCUGGUAUUGCUAAUGGAUUUAAUUUAUUUUUAAAUAAUAAUAGUAAAAAAUUAAAUGCACAAGACAAUGAUAAAUUUUAUGAAGCCUUUGUAGAUUGGUUACAAAAUGAUUUCAUAGGUAAUUUAUUUAAAAAUGAUUUUAUAUUUUUAAAUAGAAAAUUAGUAGCUUGGAGAUUUCAUUUCUUUCAAAAGAAUGUAGAUGACUCUGAAAUAUCGUCUAAAUGGAUGAAGGCUUGUAAAGAAAUAACAAAACUACAGGAUCAUAAUAUUCAAAUGUUAUGCUUUCAUAUCAGCUCUAUAUUCAACGAAACUGAUGAAGCUAUUAUUGAAGUCACAAUAAAAAAUUUAGGAAUUACUAUCAUUACUAUUUUAAUUGUUACUGCUUACAUUGUCAAGGGGUUUACUUCGUGUGUUAUUAUCGCUAUGAUUAUUUUCCUCAUCGACUUAUGCAUUUUUGGCUUCAUGUGUUUGUGCGGAAUAACUGUUAACAUUAUUUCCAUGGUUAUCUUGGUCCUCUCAGUCGGUUUUUCCAUCGAUCACACGUCCCACAUUGUCCAGGCGUUUACACACAGCAUGGGGCGAACCAGAGACGAAAAGAUGAAGGAGAGUUUGCAUUUAAUGAUAGGUCCUGUCCUACACAGUGGGUUGUCCACGUGGUUUGUCAUAAGUACCUUAUUCUUUUCCAAUAAAGAUUUCACAGUCAUAUUCUUUCAAACUUUAACUUUGGUUUUAUUUUUCUCUAUAACAUUCUCCUCGAUGUUAUUGCCAGUACUUCUUUCGAGCUUUGGCCCCAUGUGA